AUAAUGUAACAUUUAAGCGAAAAAGACACGUUAUAUAUUUUUAUUUUAUAAAUUUCCCAUUUCUAUAUCCUUUUUUUGUUUUGUGCAUCUGGAUCUCAAAAAUUCUCUUUCGAUUCUUCGACUCUUCAUCUAAUUUCAUUAGUGAGGAUCUCUUUUGUAGGUGAAUGCGGUAAUUUUGAACGAGCGAUCGGAUUUAUUCUCGUUUUCGCUCGAGAUUUACGAUCUAGAUCUGAUCAAGUUUAGAAUUUUAAUUACAAAUAGAGAUGUCUAAGAAUGGGAUGAUAGAAUGCAGCGUCUGCCACUCUAAAUUGCUGACAACAAGCCCGAGGACUGUCUCAAAGGCAUAUGACAGGCGCAGAAGCAAGGUAUCGAAGAGAUAUCGCUUUUUGAACAUCCUUUUGGUCGUAGGCGAUUGCAUCUUAGUCGGGCUUCAGCCUAUUCUAGUGUAUAUGUGUAAGGUGGAUGGGAAAUUCAAGUUUAGUCCCAUCAGUGUUAAUUUAUUGACGGAAGCUGCAAAGGUUCUCUUUGCCAUAGCCAUGCUAUUAUUCCAGGCUAGACGACAAAAGGUUGGAGACAAACCCCUUCUUUCAGUUUCUACAUUUAUGCAGGCUGCAAGAAACAACGUUUUUCUUGCUGUUCCUGCUCUUCUGUAUGCCAUCAACAACUACUUAAAAUUUAUUAUGCAGUUAUAUUUCACUCCUGCAACCGUGAAGAUGUUGAGCAACCUAAAGGUUUUGGUUAUUGCUGUCCUUUUGAAGAUCAUAAUGAGAAGGCGGUUUUCCAUAAUUCAGUGGGAGGCUCUCGCGCUCUUGCUCAUUGGAAUUAGUGUCAAUCAGUUACGUUCAUUGCCAGGAGGUACUACUGCACUUGGUCUUCCAGUUGCAACGGUUGCUUACUUGUAUACAUUAAUUUUUGUAAUUGUACCAUCACUGGCAUCAGUCUUCAAUGAAUAUGCACUAAAGAGUCAGUUUGAUACAAGUAUUUAUCUUCAGAACAUAUUUUUAUAUGGCUAUGGUGCCAUAUUCAACUUUCUUGCCAUUGUUGGAAUUGCAAUAUUUAAAGGACCAAGCAGCUUUGAUAUCCUUCAAGGCCAUUCAAGGGCGACAAUGCUACUUAUAUUGAACAAUGCAGCCCAAGGCAUACUAUCCUCUUUCUUUUUUAAAUAUGCAGAUACAAUUUUGAAGAAAUAUUCGUCAACUGUUGCGACUAUUUUUACUGGAAUAGCAUCAGCUGCAUUAUUUGGUCAUACACUGACUAUUAACUUUAUGUUGGGAAUUUCAAUAGUAUUUAUAUCGAUGCACCAGUUCUUUUCGCCACUUGCCAAAGUUAAAGAUGAGGGUCCAAACGGAACAUUAGAGCUUAUGGAUGCUCAAAAUGGCAGGUCAAAGGAUGAUCCCUUUAUAAAUAUGACUGCUGGUGCAGCUGAUGGAGCUACCCAUCGCGUUGGACACGAUGAGAGGAAACCCCUUUUGCCCACUUGAUUUUGUUAUGAGGACACAGUCAAUCCCUGGAAGUUUUUGGAGAUUAUAUUGACUAGACCUGGUACAGCCUUAACCAGUUAUACAAUCAGUAACAUAACUUGCCACAGAGCACGUACAUGUUUAUACUCUUUGCUUCAGCCUGCCACCAUACUCCUCUUAUAGACGCCGAGCAUGAAGAAGUGGAAAGAGAUUGAAUCAAAAUUAGUUAUCCAGGCAAAGUCAGACUGAGUUCCAGCCGGUGAUGAUCUAUAUUUAUCUGCAAUUUUUUUCUCUUUUACAUCAAUUUUUUGCCUGUGGCAAUUUCUGUAUCUCCAUAUAUUUAAUUUGCUUUCGGUGCUUCAUCUUCUUUGAUGUGUACCAUUUGAAUGUAGAUCAUAUAUUCUUUUAAUUGAGUCAGAUAGAAAUAUGAAAUUUCUUUUUUGUUUAGCAGUA